GCCCCUUCGGCCGCCAUCUUGCGAGCAGCGCUCCGCUCAUUGUCCGCCGCUCGGGCUCGGCGGGGCCGCCGCGCUCGGGCUGCCCGGAGCGUUGAACGGGGCCUCGGGGCCGGCUCGGAUUGAAGAGCCGGGGCUGGGCGGGGGCGGCAGCGGCGCCAUGGAGGAUGAAAUGCCCAAGACCCUGUACGUGGGGAACCUGUCAAGAGAUGUGACUGAAGCUCUGAUCCUGCAGCUCUUCAGCCAGAUUGGACCCUGCAAAAACUGCAAAAUGAUCAUGGAUACAGCUGGAAAUGAUCCCUACUGCUUCGUGGAGUUCUACGAGCACCGACACGCAGCGGCCGCGCUGGCUGCCAUGAACGGCAGGAAGAUAAUGGGUAAGGAGGUCAAAGUCAACUGGGCCACCACCCCCAGCAGCCAGAAGAAAGACACCAGCAACCAUUUCCAUGUCUUUGUUGGAGACCUGAGCCCGGAGAUCACGACGGAAGACAUCAAAGCAGCCUUCGCGCCCUUCGGCAGAAUAUCAGAUGCUCGGGUGGUGAAGGACAUGGCCACAGGGAAGUCCAAAGGCUAUGGCUUCGUCUCCUUCUUCAAUAAAUGGGACGCUGAGAAUGCCAUCCAGCAGAUGGGUGGGCAGUGGCUCGGGGGAAGGCAGAUCAGAACCAACUGGGCCACCAGGAAACCUCCAGCUCCCAAGAGUACCUUUGAAACAAACACCAAACAGCUCUCCUACGAGGAGGUGGUCAACCAGUCCAGCCCCAGCAACUGCACGGUGUACUGCGGGGGGGUGACCUCAGGCCUGACAGAGCAGCUGAUGCGCCAGACCUUCUCUCCCUUCGGGCAGAUCAUGGAGAUCAGAGUCUUCCCCGAUAAAGGCUACUCCUUUGUCAGGUUCAGCUCCCACGAGAGCGCGGCGCACGCCAUCGUCUCCGUCAACGGCACCACUAUAGAAGGUCACAUCGUGAAGUGCUACUGGGGCAAGGAGACACCAGACAUGAUCAGUCCUGUUCAGCAGAACCAGAUCAGCUACCCCCCAGCCUAUGGGCAGUGGGGGCAGUGGUAUGGCAGUGCCCAGCUCGGACAGUAUGUGCCCAACGGUUGGCAGGUGCCUGCCUAUGGUGUCUAUGGGCAGGCCUGGAACCAGCAGGGCUUCAACCAAACGCAAUCCUCAGCUGCAUGGAUGAGCACCACCAGCUACGGGGUGCAACCACCCCAGGGCCAAAACGGAAGCGUGCCAGGGUACCGUGUGGCAGGCUUUGAGACGCCGUGAAGGUGGUGGGGAUGAGGGUGGAGGGCAACAAUCCCCCAGCUGGGAGAGGAAUCUCUUAGAUUCUGUCUUAAUUUAUUGAAGAGAAAAAAACAAAACAACAACAACCCCCUCCCAAAAAAAAAACCCCAAAACCACAACCCAAAACCCCACCACAACCCCCCCCCAGAACUAACAAAAACUACAAACCAAAACCCACAAGCACCAAGGAAUUGAUAUUUCCAUCCACUUGGGUUAAAAAAGUGACCAAAAAAAGGAAACAAACCCCAAACUCACCCCAAAAAUGAGCUGCUGGAUAGCUGCCAACUUUUUGCUUUCCUUUUUUGGGUUUCUUCCCCCCCCUCCCCCUUUUCCAGGUGUUUUUAAUUAUUGUUGUUCCAAAUCCGUGGAUUUCAAACCACCACAAAACGCAGGGACCUGCUGCCACCUGCAGAGAACCGAAAAGGGAGGCAGCAAAUUGCACAGCAGGUUCUUUUGUUUGGGGGGAGGGGGAGAGGGGUUGUUGAGUGUUGUUUUCUUCCUUCAUUUGCCCUUCCUUCGUUUUCCCUCCCUUCCUCCCUCUCCCUUCAUUUGCCCUCUCUUCUUUCCUUCCUUCUGCCUUCCUUCCUUUGCCCUCUCUCCUUUCCUUUGCCCUUCCUUCUUCUCUCCCUCCCUUCC